GUAAACAGACACCAUGGCUGCACAGGAACCGUCCCCUCCUUCGUCCAUGGAGAGCAAUAAACCCGGCUUUCCCAAGAAGAUCCUGGGCAACAAGCUGGAGGACAAACACCUGUGCAACUGCUGCCACAAUAUCCUCAGACGGCCGUUCCAAGCUCAGUGUGGACAUCGCUUUUGUUCCUACUGCUUCAACAGGACUGUGAGUAAUGGACCCCAGAAAUGCAACGCUUGCAUUAAAGAAGAUAUUUUUGAGGAGCCUACAUCAAUUUUGAAACAAGGAUGUGCUUUUCCUGACAAUGCUGUUCGAAGGGAAGUUGAAAGUCUGUCUGCUGUUUGCAUUAAUGAAAGCUGCACUUGGGAAGGCACAGUCAAGGAGUAUGAGAUGAAUCACGAGGGGAAGUGCGAGUUCAUGAUCAUCCCCUGCCCCUCCUGCAAAGAACGAAUCCGCUUUAGUGAACAGGAGCGCCAUAAUGAGCGGGAGUGCCCGGAGAGGACGCUCAACUGCAAGUACUGCAAGGAGCCAUUUCACUUCAAAAAUAUCAAGGCACAUGAUGAAAUCUGCCCCAAGUAUCCAAUGAUCUGUGAAGGCUGUGCCAAAAAGAAAAUCCCCAGAGAGAAGUAUGUGGACCAUAUUAAAUUAUGCAGCAAAUUCAGAACUCCAUGUCGAUUUCAUGUGGUUGGAUGUGAUAUGUCCGUGGAGAAGGAGAAGAUUCAUGACCAUGAACGCACCUUUGCCUACGAGCACCUUAACCUGCUGCUGCACUACAUUAUGGGCAUGAAAGUGAGCAUGGAGGGUCUGCAGCCCCAAGGACUGGAAGUAGCCGGACACAAACUGGUCGAACUCCAACAAUCCCUCAGGGAACUCGAGGCCAGAGUCUCCCAGCUCAGCACCACCUCCUCUGGGCCUCCCGUGCAGGGAGCUGCCGCCUCUUCCUCCACCUUGUCGUCAUCCUCCUCUAGCUCUGGUCCCCCUGGUCCACCCGCCUCAGCUGCUCUCCCUCCACCUCCCACACUCCCUCCCACUCUCUCUGUGUCGACCUCCUUCACACCCCUGCCCAGCUCGGUGGGCGCAGCACUGGAGCUUCAGCUCCACAGCGAGAAGACCAAGGUGGUCGAACUGGGCCGCAGGUGCACAGAACUUGAGGUCAAAUCUGGGACGUUUGAAAACGUGGUUUGUGUUCUUAACAGAGAGGUGGAGAGGUUUGCUACAACAAUGGAGGCCAGCAACCGGCAGCAUAAACUGGACCAAGAUAAGAUUGAAGCUCUGAGUAAUAAGGUGACUCUGAUGCUUCUGGAUCAGAGCAACAGGGAGCACAUCAUCGAUGCCUUUCGACCUGAUGUCACUUCCUCCUCCUUCCAGAGACCCGUGAGUGAGAUGAACAUCGCCAGCGGCUGUCCGCUCUUCUGCCCGCUCUCCAAACUCGACGGCAAGAACUCUUACAUCCGAGACGACACCAUUUUCAUCAAAGCUAUCGUGGACCUCACUGGCCUCUAGACGGCUUCGCUGGGUGUUCAGUUUGGCGACCUGGUAGCUCUCUGACCAUUAAAGCUUCUUUUUUGGCUCA